CCAAGUCACAUCCUGGAACUUUUAAUAUGGUUGCUCCCAUGGAGAGUGAAAUUUCUUUAACAGAUACGAUUUUACAUUACAUAGAAUGUUUGUGCAAGUCUAAUGACAUUGAAAGUGAUUUAAGGCAAGAACUCGAUAAAUACAGAAAGGCAAAAGAAGGAAACAAUGGCCUUAUACCUUUUAGACUUGUAAAACGUAUCCAUAGGUCAUUGGAAGCGAGAGGGGAAACGUUGUAUCUCCACCAGUUGUUAGAACAAAGUACAAUACAUCUUCCUUCACCACAGCUUCCUCCAAGGGACCCAAAGUUAGAAGCCAGGAUACAAGCACUUAAAGCAGAGCAAGAAAACAGAGAGUAUGCCCAAAUGAUCAAAGAUGUAAAUAGUUUUUCCAAAAAGGACACUCACACAUUUGGAAAAGAAAUCAAAAGUGUGAACAGGCACAUGAUUUCAGUGCUCAACUUUGUGCUGACAGUCGUUGGUUCUUUUGUGUUUGCUUACAAAGCUGUUGAGUACUCUCUGUCUGAGCCUAAUAUGGCAAUGCAACUUAUGGCAGGAAUGACCUUUGCAACAGUAGUUUUCUUUGCGGAUGUCUAUUUCAUAAUCAAAAUAGAUGUGUGACCAAGACUGGUACAACCAAUAAUAAGCAGCAUUAUAGCGGAGAGUAUCUAAAACUUGUUAAAUUUUACACAAAAAAGACAAUGUUAUGAGAAUAGCAGUGCUCCUAUUUGUUAGCCUAGAAAGGAGCAAUCAAAGUUUAAAGACAAUCUCCUUUUUUUAGAAAGAAUGGUGAGAUUUGUUUCCCAAUUAUAACUUCUACAACACCUGACAAAAGUUAUAUAUAUACUGGUACAUAUGUUAAAAAGAAAAAAAAAUGAUGCUUAAAGCUGUGUGUGACAGGACCUGCAAAGAUUAUUUAUAAGUAUAUUUAAUAUAUUUAAGAACAUUUAUAGCAUUACUGAUGCAAAUUUAUUAACUGGUUCAAGUGUUUUAACAAUGUUUUUUUUUUUACAUUUUGUUUACAUUUUGCAAUGAAUUUAAAGAAAUGUAACUUCCAACAUAUCACUGAGCAAAUUUAUUGAUCUAUGACAUUGUAGAUAUGUAUUUAAUUUUGACAGUAUGAUGAUUUAAGUUUAUUAUUUCAAAAAAAAAAAAAAAA